AUGGGCGCAACAAAACCCGAGAAGAAGGAGAAGAAGGACAAGGCCUCGAAGCGCGCCGAGGUCGACGGGGUGACCAAGCCCAAGGACAAGAAGGACAAGAAGGAAAAGAAGGAGAAGAAAGAGAAGCUCAAGAGCGCCGUCAACGCCGCCCUCGAUGACCAGCUCCAGGCCGAUGCUGCCGCCAACGUCGACGAGGUUUCCGAGGACAAGGUGCUCGCCGCCGCGCCGCCCGCCGUCGGCGCCCUCGUGCCUUUUGCCCUGCCGCUCGCCGACGACAAGGCUACCAAGAAGAUCCUCAAGACCGUGCGGAAAGCCGCGAAGUCCAAGACGCUCAAGCGCGGCGUAAAAGAGGUCGUCAAGUCCCUGCGCAAGUCCCCCGCCGCGGGCCCCAACAACACCGCCUUCCCGGGCGUCGUCGUCCUCGCCGGCGACAUCUCCCCGAUGGACGUCAUCAGCCACAUCCCCGUGCUGUGCGAGGAUGUCAACGUGCCUUACAUCUUUGUCAGCUCGCGCGCCGAGCUCGGCGCCGCGGGCAGCACGAAGCGGCCCACCAGCGUCGUCAUGGUCACCGAGAAGCGCACGGGCGGCAAGGCGGCGUCCGCGUCCGCGACGAUCGCCGAGGAGGACGGCGAGGAGGACUUUGCCGAGGUCUACAAGGACCUGGUCAAGCUUGUGCAGAAGGAGAGCAAGCAGCUCAAGUUUGCGUAG